UGUAUCAGACUAGAUUACCCAAAUAUUCAUCUCUAGUAUUUUGCUUUCUCUACCUUCUUCAAACUCAGUUAUCAUGGCUUCUACAUCUUCAUCAGCCCCUCCCUGCAAGUAUGAUGUUUUUAUUAGUUUUAGAGGCAAAGAUACCCGUUAUGGUAUUCUCUCCCAUCUCUUUGAAGCUUUGCAGCGAAAGCAAAUCAAUGCCUUCUUGGAUGAAGAACUUCGUAAAGGAGAAGAGAUCUCACCGGCUCUCUUGAAAAUAAUCCAAGAAUCCAGUGUCUCAAUAGUCAUUUUCUCUGAAAAUUAUGCAGAUUCUGCAUGGUGCUUGGAUGAGCUUGUUGAGAUACUUAAAUGCAGGGAAGAAUCAGGACAAAUAGUCCUACCAGUUUUUUACAAAGUAGAUCCCACUGAGGUUCAAGACCUGACAGGGAAUUUCGGGAAGGCACUUGCUAUGCAUGGAGAAAAAGGCAAUUCACAGAAGGUGGACAGCUGGAAGCGUGCUUUGAUGGAAGUAAGCAACUUUGCAGGAUGGGAUUUACAGGAAAUCAAAUAUGAGGCCAAAUUGGUUGAGGGAAUUGUCAAUGAUGUUCUGAAAAAAUUUAGUGAUAUGUCUAAAGGUGAUGAUUCUUAUGAUCUCAACUUGAUUGGAAUUAAACUGCGUGUGGAAGAAGUGGAACGGUUGUUAAAUGAGAAGCAGAUUGUUGGAAUUUGGGGGAUGGGAGGCAUUGGUAAAACAACUAUUGCACAAGAAGUACUUCAUCGAAACAAGAAUAAAUUUGAUGGUCAUUGUUUCGUUGAAAAUGUUAGGAAAACAAUGACAAAGCAAUCAUCAAAUUCAAAUAGUUUGAAUUAUUCUACUAGGAGAAGGCUUAAGAGUAAGAAGGUAUUGAUUGUUUUUGAUGAUGUAGAGGAUCGAAACCAUUUAAAAGAUUUAGCAGGAGAGUGUGAUUUGUAUGGUGAGGGAAGUAGAAUCAUCAUAACUAGUAGAAAUUCACUUGGUUUAUCAGAAGAAGGCAUAUAUGAGGUUGAGAAGUUAAUUGAUUCUCAAGGUGAAAAUAAAGAUCAUGUCAAGAGAAAAUUAAAAGCAUUUGGUUUCUAUCCAGAAAGUGGAAUACCUCGUCUAAUUGAGAAGUCUCUGAUAACUAUUUCAAACAAUAGGGUAGAUAUGCAUGACUUGCUAGAGCAAAUGGGCAAGGAUAUUGUUAAUGAGGAAUGCAAACAGCCUGGCGGACGCAGCAGGUUGUGGUAUUAUGAAGAUAUUGAUCAUGUAUUGACAACAGAGACGGUAAGGACCAAAUUAAUCAAUGAAGCUUUGAUCAUUAUCAUAGGAACCGAAAAUGUUGAGGCCAUAUCGUUUUGGCCGGGUGAGAGAGGUAUUUUGAAGCUAAGUGCCACGGCCUUUGCGAAGAUGUGCAAUCUUAGAUUCAUCGAAGUAUGUGCAAUGCCGAACAAAGUGCUCCUUCCUGAGAACUUUGAAUUUUGUGCACAAGCACUAAGAUGUCUUUACUGGGAUUAUUAUCCUCUAGAAUCUUUGCCAUUAAAUUUUUGGCCAAAGAAUCUUGUAGAACUUCACAUGCCUUCUAGCAAUCUCAUACAACUGUGGAAUGGAGGAGAUAAGCCUCUUAGAAGUUUGAAAUUGAUGGACCUUAGCGACUCUCGUAACCUGAUCAGGAUUCCGGACUUGUCAAGUAUUGCCCCAAAUCUCGAGUUUUUAUAUUUAAAUGGCUGUAAGAGUUUGGUUAAAAUUCCCUCUCUUCAAAAUCUAAGUAAUCUUGUAGAACUUCGAAUGCGUGGGAGCAAACUCAUACAACUGUGGAAUGGAGGAGAUAAGCCUCUUGGAAGUUUGAAAUUGAUGGACCUUAGCGACUCUUGUAACCUGAUCAGGAUUCCGGACUUGUCAAGUAUUGCCCCAAAUCUCGAGUUUUUAUAUUUAAAUGGCUGUAAGAGUUUGGUUGAAAUUCCCUCUCUUCAAAAUCUAAGUAAUCUUGUAGAACUUCGAAUGCGUGGGAGCAAACUCAUACAACUGUGGAAUGGAGGAGAUAAGCCUCUUGGAAAUUUGAAAUUAAUGGACCUCAGCUACUCUAAUGACCUGAUCACGAUUCCGAACCUGUCUAGUAUUGUCCCAAAUCUCGAGUUUCUAUAUUUGAAAGGAUGUUGGAGUUUGGUUGAAAUUCCCUCUCUUCAAAAUCUGAGCAAGCUUACUGAACUUUAUUUAACUGGAUCCAAUAAAAUCAAAGAUUGUCCAGAGAUUCCGUGUCAACUUGUCAUAUUGUCCUUGGAUCGGUGUACAGCACUCGAGAGUCUUCCAAGCAGCAUUGGCAAUUUGAAACGUCUUGAAGAACUUCAUCUAGCUGAAUGUUCAAGACUCGUGACUAUUCCAAGCAGCAUAGGCGAGUUGAAAUGUCUUGAAAAGUUAUUUCUCCCGAAUUGCUCAAAUUUAGCAAGUCUUCCUGAAAGCAUCAAACAACUUUCGAAGUUGAAACGGCUUAAUUUAAGAAGUUGCGAGAGACUUAAAAGUUUACCAGGGCUUCCAUCAUGCUUAGAAUUAUUACGUGCAAAUGAUUGCCGCUCUCUGGAAUCUGCAUCAAUUUCUUUCAAUUUCUUAGAACAUGAUGAUGAAAAUGAAGAAGCAGAUAGAAGUGAACAUGAAAAUGAAGAAGCACAUAAAAGUGAAUCUGAAGAUUGCAAAUUUCUUAAUUUUAGUAGUUGCGUCAAAUUGAAUAAGAAAGUAAUGGAGGAUGUUUUUGAAGCGCACCUGUUGGGUCAGAAAGUUACAUUAUUGAUGGCAGGAGGUGAAGUGCCAGAAAGGAUGAGGUAUAAGAAUAAAGGAUCCUCGCUUUCCUUCAAACUUGACCUUCGUCACUUAAUUGCCUUCUCUUUCUGCGUUGUUCUUCGUCCCAGCCGUUUUAUUCAUUUUCCUCGAUUUGAAGUGGAUUUCAUAUGGGAAUCUGGAAAUAGGCAGGAACGUAAAGCGUUCAACUUAUAUAGCGAUAAGGUCGUUGCGAAUUGGAAUGCAGGUCCGUAUAGUUCGGACUCAUCACACAUGUUGCUUUCAUUCAAUGGAUUGAGGACACGUUUUGAUGAAGAGUGUUUCGUUAAGGCCUCAUUUUGCUUCAUCGAUAACCAUCUCUGGCCGGAAAUUAUGGAGUGUGGGGUCCAUCCUAUAUAUCGUAGAGAUAAAAGGAGAAGCAGAAAUGAAAAGCAUCAAGAUGACUAGGAAUGCCAAUCACUUCUUCAAAUAUUGGAAGAAAAAUCGAAGAGAAGAAGAAUAAAUAAUGAGGAGGAAGCUUCUUCUUCUUCUUCACUCGAUCGAAAUCUCUCUCUAUCUCUUCCUGCUUCCUCUUAACCA